AUGGAAGAGCUGCCUCCAAAAACAGAAACUUCUGCAAAACAGUUCGGACCCGAAGAGAUUUCUGCCUGGAAAGAGCUUUUAUUGAAGCUGAAGAAGAGCGCACAUGCUGGGCCUUUCCUGUAUCCGGUCGAUCCGCAGAUCCUAAACAUCCCGGACUACCACGAUAAAAUAAAGAAUCCGAUGGAUCUCUCCACAGUCUCAAAAAAGCUGGAAAAUAGUUUGUACAAGACAUCGCAGGAUGUGAAAAAGGACAUUGAGCUGAUGCUCUCCAACUGUUACGUGUACAACCAGCCAGACACUGCAGUGUACAAGAUGGGGCAGGCCCUCGAGAAGUACUUCAAGCAGCUCCAGCAGAAGAACACUCUCGACAAGAAAAGAAAGACAGAGGGCGAAAGCGAAAAGAAGAAAGGAAAAGUGAAGUCCUCACUGACAGAAGAAGAGCACGCAAAGUGUCUGGAAACACUCAACGAGAUCGUGAAGGCCAAGUACAGGAAGAUAAACUGGCCCUUUUUGGAGCCAGUUGACGAGGCUCUUGUUCCGAACUACUACACGCUCAUCACGAGCCCCAUGGACCUGUCUACGAUGCGCUCCAAGCUCCUCAGCCACCAGUAUGCAACAAUGGAAGAGUUCCUCUCCGACUUUGAGCUCCUCGUGAACAACUGCCACACGUUCAAUGCAGAGGGCACAGAGGUUUAUCUGUGCGCAACAAAGCUAAAUACGCAAUUUAGGCAAAUACUUGAUCAGAAGAAAAAGAAGCCUGUGGAAGACACCUCUACGAGAAUAUCUGUCCUGAAGGGGCUCAUAGCGCAGUACGAGGCAGAGCUUAGAAAGCUGGAGAAAAAGACAGGAUCUGGCCCAGCAGACUUUGGGUACGAGGAGAAGCUGAAGCUGAAGAGACGGGUGGACUCCCUUGCAGCACACAAGCUAAAAGACGUGGUGGCGUACAUUCAGCAGAACAUUCCAAACGCAGUGACAACGGAGCUAGAUGAGCUGGAGAUAAAUCUAGACACAUUGGACCAGCAGACCCUUAGCAAGCUUAGCGAUAUUGUGAGAGAAGCAUAUGUAGAAGAACAGAGGCUGGAAAGUGAUUCAAGCAGCGAAUAA